UGGUCGAGACAGUGAACAACCUCCUUCAGCCGCAAGCCUUGAAUGCGUGGAGAGACCUGACUACAAGUGAUCAGCUCCGUGCAGCCACCAUGUUGCUUGACACUGUGGAGGAGAGUGCUUUCGUGCUGGCUGAUAACCUUUUGAAGACUGACAUUGUCAGGGAGAACACAGACAAUAUCCAAUUGGAAGUUGCAAGGCUGAGCACAGAAGGAAACUUAGAAGACUUAAAAUUUCCAGAAAUCAUGAGUCAUGGAAGCACCAUCCAGCUUUCUGCAAAUACUUUAAAACAAAAUGGCCGAAAUGGAGAGAUCAGAGUGGCCUUUGUCCUGUAUAACAACUUGGGUCCUUAUUUGUCCACGGAGAAUGCCAGCAUGAAGUUGGGAACAGAGGCUAUGUCCACCAAUCAUUCCGUUAUUGUCAAUUCCCCUGUUAUUACAGCAGCAAUAAACAAAGAGUUUAGUAAUAAGGUGUACUUGGCUGAUCCUGUGGUGUUCACGGUUAAACACAUUAAGCAAUCCGAGGAAAAUUUCAACCCCAACUGUUCAUUUUGGAGCUAUUCUAAGCGCACAAUGACAGGUUAUUGGUCAACUCAAGGCUGUCGGCUCCUGACAACAAAUAAGACGCAUACUACAUGCUCUUGUAACCACCUAACCAAUUUUGCAGUACUCAUGGCACAUGUGGAAGUUAAGCACAGUGAUGCGGUCCAUGAUCUCCUUCUGGAUGUGAUCACGUGGGUUGGAAUUUUGCUGUCCCUGGUUUGUCUCCUGAUUUGCAUCUUCACAUUUUGCUUUUUCCGCGGACUCCAGAGUGACCGUAACACCAUCCACAAGAACCUAUGCAUCAGCCUCUUUGUAGCAGAACUACUCUUCCUGAUUGGGAUAAACCGAACUGACCAACCAAUUGCCUGUGCAGUUUUUGCCGCACUCUUACAUUUCUUCUUCUUGGCUGCCUUCACCUGGAUGUUCCUGGAGGGCGUGCAGCUCUAUAUCAUGCUGGUGGAGGUUUUUGAGAGCGAACAUUCACGUAGGAAAUACUUUUACCUGGUCGGCUAUGGCAUGCCUGCGCUCAUUGUGGCCGUGUCAGCUGCAGUAGACUACAGGAGUUAUGGAACAGAUAAAGUAUGUUGGCUCCGACUUGACACCUACUUCAUUUGGAGUUUUAUAGGACCAGCGACCUUGAUAAUUAUGCUUAAUGUAAUCUUCCUUGGGAUUGCUUUAUAUAAAAUGUUUCAUCAUACUGCCAUUCUGAAACCUGAAUCGGGCUGUCUUGAUAACAUCAAGUCAUGGGUUAUAGGUGCAAUAGCUCUUCUCUGCCUCUUAGGAUUGACCUGGGCCUUUGGACUCAUGUAUAUUAAUGAAAGCACAGUCAUCAUGGCAUAUCUCUUCACCAUUUUCAAUUCUCUACAGGGAAUGUUUAUAUUCAUUUUCCAUUGUGUCCUGCAAAAGAAGGUACGAAAAGAGUACGGGAAAUGCCUGCGAACACAUUGUUGUAGUGGCAAAAGUACAGAGAGUUCCAUUGGCUCAGGGAAAACAUCUGGUUCUCGAACUCCUGGACGCUACUCUACAGGCUCACAGAGCCGAAUUCGUAGAAUGUGGAAUGACACGGUACGAAAGCAGUCAGAGUCUUCCUUCAUUACUGGAGAUAUAAACAGUUCAGCAUCACUCAACAGAGAGGGGCUUCUGAACAAUGCCAGGGAUACAAGUGUCAUGGAUACUCUACCACUGAAUGGUAACCAUGGCAAUAGCUACAGCAUUGCCAGUGGAGAAUAUCUGAGCAACUGUGUGCAAAUUAUAGACCGUGGCUAUAACCAUAAUGAGACCGCCUUGGAGAAAAAGAUUCUGAAGGAACUCACUUCCAACUAUAUACCUUCCUACCUGAACAACCACGAACGCUCCAGCGAACAGAACAGGAAUCUGAUGAACAAGCUGGUGAACAACCUUGGCAGUGGGAGUGAAGAUGACGCCAUUGUCCUGGAUGACGCCACCUCCUUUAACCACGAGGAGAGUUUGGGCCUGGAACUCAUUCAUGAGGAAUCUGAUGCUCCUUUGCUGCCCCCAAGAGUUUACUCCACAGACAACCACCAGCCCCACCAUUACACCCGAAGGCGGAUCCCCCAAGACCACAGUGAGAGCUUUUUCCCUUUGCUAACCAACGAGCACACAGAAGAUCUUCAGUCACCCCAUAGGGACUCUCUCUACACCAGCAUGCCAGCCCUGGCUGGUGUGCCUGCCGCAGAGAGUGUUACCACCAGCACCCAGACCGAACCCCCACCGGCCAAAGGUGGUGAUGCGGAAGAUGUUUACUACAAAAGCAUGCCAAACCUAGGCGUCAGAAACCACGUCCAUCAGCUGCACACCUACUACCAGCUAGGUCGUGGUAGCAGCGAUGGAUUUAUAGUUCCUCCAAACAAAGAAGGGACCCCUCCGGAGGGAAAUGCAAAAGGACCUGCUCAUUUGGUCACUAGUCUAUAGAAGAUGACAGAAAAAUGGAAACCAACAAAACUGCUAACACCUGGUUGACUGUUCUGAGUUGCUAUAAGCAGUGGUAAUAAUGUGUGUACUCCUAAAUCUUUAUGCUGUUCUUGAACGACAAACACAAACUCACAGACUUUUUUUUUUUUUUAAACUGGGAUUUUUAGGUCAGCCCAGGGGAGAAAGAUAACUGCUGAAAUUCCCCUGUGUCUUAUCUUUUCCUGUCCUUUCCCCCCUCAGAUGGAGACUUCAUUAUGUUAAUGAACGAGAUAUGAAGAAAAUGGCACUCAUUGUGGCCUUGUUGAAUUAUGUUGUGUUUGUUCUAACAUCUUUGAUGCUUUGUUACUAUAAUUACAAGGACCUGAUUUUGAAAAGGCCAGAACAGUUUGACAGUAACAAUGCUGCAUCUAGAUUGGAGUGCUGCACAAACAAACAUAAAAGCAAAGCAAAACUGUAUCACAUAGUGGUUUUUAGUCACUCACAACCUGAAUUCACCACAGCGGGAAUAGUUGUGGUAUACAAAAUAAAACAACAGAAUUAACGAAAUGGAGGGGAAUUCUAGAAUUAUAUGCUAAAUGCAUAUUUUAUGAGUUGCUGUAUUAACUGAUGAUUAAACUAAUGGCAGAAAAAAAACUGAACAAUUUCUAUGUAAUGUACAGAUACUAGCAUUGCACAUAUAGUCUGCUUUCUGUUCCUCAGAAUUUGAGUCCUGUUAAUGUAGUGGAAAAAAAAAAAGAGAAAUUUUCUUUUUUCUUUUGUGCUGGUCUUGCAAGUUUGUCUACUAGUAAGAGCGAAGCUUCCUUCCUUUCUCCUGUGUUUCCUUUCUUUCUUCAUUUUCUUUUAUCUUCCUUUUUCUCUUCUCUCUCUCUCCCU